GUUUACCGAGCGCACUCCGGACGUCGUCCCCGCACGCUGUCAGCUCUUCUCACCUUCUCACCGUCAGCCUCUUUCAGCGUUUUUACCUCCAACGUUGGAAGAUACUUGUCUGUCUACAUUGCUGCCUUCCAAUCCAUCCAUUUGGCACUUACCUCCAUCGCCAUUCUCUCCAGGAUGUCACUGAAGGUACAGACCAGUAAUGUGACCAACAAGACAGACCCAAAGUCCAUCAACUCACGGGUGUUUAUUGGCAACCUGAAUACAGCGGUGGUCAAGAAGUCUGAUGUUGAGAGCAUCUUUUCCAAGUAUGGCCGUGUGCUCGGCUGCUCUGUGCACAAGGGCUAUGCCUUUGUCCAGUACGCCAGUGAGAGGCACGCCAGGGGAGCUGUGAUUGGGGAGAACGGCAGGGUGCUGGCAGGACAAACACUCGAUAUCAACAUGGCGGGAGAGCCAAAGCCCAGACCCAAAGGCCUGAAACGAUCAGCAGCUUCUCUCUACAGCGGCUAUGAGUUUGAUUAUGACUACUACAGAGAAGACUUCUAUGACAGGUUGUUUGAGUACCGUGGCAGAGUGUCUCCUGUUCCACGUGUGGUGCCAGUCAAACGCCCGAGAGUGGCUGUACCCCUCGUACGACGGGUCAAGUCUCUGCCUGUCAAACUGCUGGCGUGUAACGCCUCCAUCCUCCCAACCAGCAACGGCAACAAACAAAGAUCAGUGAAAGGCACAGAGCUUCAGGCGAUAAAGUCAGAGUUGACUCAGAUUAAAGCCAACAUCGAGGCUUUGCUGGGCAGACUGGAGCAGAUCACAGAAGACCCACACAUAGCUGCCACAGAUUUGAUCAAUACAGAGGAGUGCAAGAGUGAGGAGGCAUGGCAGGGAGGGGAGGAAUCAAGUUCAGAGCUUGAAGAUGAGGAUGAGCAGAGACAGAACAGCGAAGCUGAAGAGGAGGAGGAAGAUGAAGAAGAGGAGGAGGGAGAGCACACACAGGAUGACACCCACAACCACAUGGAAAACAGACACCUACCAUCAGAAAUGGACUCCAUUCACCCAUGAACGGUAUUAGGAACUGUGGAGGGAGAGACAGAGGGAGAGAGAGAAAAGCGCUCUGGACAGACAGAACUAGAGAACAGAAAAGGAAGACCAUCAAACAGCAGGGAUCAUGAGACUCACAAGCUCACUCACUAACACAGACAAAACUGUAAAAACACACAGCAAAGAGACAUACUUGACACUUUGUCCAAGCCACAGGAAGAUAAUAAAACAGCAGGUUACUGCCUGACUGCAUAAACUGAAUUGCACACACUAGCACACCAACACACACAUUGAUAUAAAGAAGACAAAAAAACCCCAAAAAACUUAGUGAUGGAGCCAGAUUCACUGUGUCAGAGCAACAGGGGGAUAGUAAAGACAGCAGGCUGUUGUCAAAACACAUCUUAAACUGACAGGUUUUACACACUCACAGAAGAGCUCUCUUUGGGAAAGCUGGAGCUUGUCAGACCGUCUGCUGCUUUAUAGGCCAUAAAAUAUGACUGAAUGGACAACAUAUAGAGAUUGUUAUUUUUAGUAUAGAUUCUUUAAUUUAAAAAAAAAUCCCAGGGGCUAUUAUUGUUGCAGAAUUAUUUGCAAGAGUUGAGCAGAGAGUUGCAUACCUCAAUCAGUGUGUGAGUAAUCAGAUUAAACAUGUAAAAAAAAUCUUCAAAUAUGUACUGAGAUUUGUUCAUGUCUACAUCAGUCAUGUAUUCAAUCUGUGUAUGUUUGUAAUGACAUUUGUAAUCAAAUCCCACCACGCGUAGAUUAUCGGUCACAUUUUGCAAAUCUAAGCAUGCACACCAGGACUUUUCUAAUCGUUCUGUUACAAUUAUAGCCUCAUAAAAUCCCAAAUAUCAAGUGACAGUGUUCUGCCAGGCCGGGCUAAAAUUGCAAGGGAAAUAGGAUGGUAAAUGCCAAACAUCGUGCAAUGAACUAAAAAACAACAUAAAAAGAUGCUGAUGAGCAAAUAUUUCACAUGUGCAUGUAUUCACUGUCGCUUGGGUAGUAUAGGCUCUACACAAAUAAACCAACAUGUAAAAUUAACCAGACAAGUACACAAAGCAGCAACAUUUUACUUGACAGUUUCUGAUGGAUGGAGUGCUGGAGGGCGUAUAUAUGCUUGACGAUUCAUGCUCACACACGUGUGAACAUGCAUACAUGUAUGCCUCCAUGAUUGAAAGACUGUAAUAACCACAUUUUAUUUAUUACAACAAGACACCAACAAGAAUGUCGGUUCACAUCCUGUUUCUUUACCUGUUGAUGAAAUUGAAGUCAGCUCUACGUUUUUGCUGUGUCCCAAAGGAUGUGGAGACAACUCACUGGAUUACUUCAAGUCUCAUUUUUAAUGUAAUUAAAAAAUAAUUAUGCUAUCAUAAUGCAUACUUUCAUUCUUUCAGUCCCGGUUUUGUUUGGUUUCAUAAUAAUUAGAUAAGUACGACAAAUGUAAUGUGUAAUGUACAACAGAGUAAUGUGACAGAGUGGGGAUGCUAAAGAACUUCAAGUGGGAGUGAAUAUCUGUCCAUGUGAAAUCAUUAUUUGGCCAUUUUUUGCACAUUUUACACAAAUAUGACAUCAUUAAGUAGCAUCAUUGAUACAAUUACAGUGACUUACUUAAAAUAACACAAGCCAGAGUCUUUUAAUCAGUACACAGUAGCUCAGGGGAACAUGAAAAAUUGGAAAACAUCUACAGUCAAUCAUUUUUCAGUAGAUUAUAAUUUUUACUUUAAAUGGAAGUAUUACAGCAAAGACUAAUACUUCAAAUUCAGCUUCUAUUUUAAAAUGAAUAAAAAAAUAAAUAAUGAAUUCAAUGUCCCAUUACAAACUGAGCCUGACGCCCUGAAAAUACUAGCUAUUAGGAAAAACCCUUUCAAACUUCAGGUUUUUAGCCUCCAACUAAUAUAAAAGUCUUUGAAACAAAUUGGUUUUAAUCAACAUGUAUGAUUUUACAAAGAAAUUGGCUCAGAGGAUUAUGGGAAGUAUGCUUACAGAAAGACAAACCCCUGAAAUACACUGGACUUAUCUGUGUCACAUUCCAGUUCCAAUGCAGCCACCUGAGUUGAUUAAACCAUCCAAGACAUUGCUUGCAAUUCCACAAGACAUACACCAGUGAAUUCCAAAGCAUCCCAGAACAGACUUGCAGCUCUACAUCACUUAAAAUUGUGCCGGCUCUAGUUUUUACAGAGGCCGCAUCAAGCUGCACAAAGCUGAUAAGGAGGCCAGGAGGCUGGGCACAGAAACAGCAUGGAGAAUCCAGUCAAUUAAAAAAAAUACAUGCAGAGUACACUUUGCUUCUAAAAGGCUACUGAUGUAGUCUGAAGCUGGGCAACGAAGUCUUUAAGUAACACUGGAUGCCUUUUGAAGUCGACAGUUUAGUCACAAGGUGGUCUUUUAUAUUUUUAAAACUGACCAGAUUUUCUAUGCCAUCCCUGUGUCUGACGUUAUGCCCUCCUCGCCAGCUUCUUGGAUGCUUCUGAAAUGCGCUGUGGUGGGUCCUGGGAUGUUGUCUUAAAGCUGUAAUGAAACAGAGUUUCAUCUAGCGUAUUCCCAGGUUAAUAGUCAUAAAAUCUAAUUGAAUAAAUGGAAUGUAGGAAAAAAUCAUUAGAAAACUGACAACAUGUAUAUUCCUCUCUUAUGCAUUAGGCCACCAUAAACCCUUCUAUUUAAAGUGAAUACAUAUUUAUUCAUACUGAGUAAUGACAUAGUGUAGAAUAUUAAAACUUGACAUUUAUGGAAUAAAACAACUAUUUUAAUCACAUUGCUCAGUUGAUAUAAAUUUGUUAUUAAUACUGAGUGAAUUUAUACAACGAAUAAAGUAAUAAUCCCACUGUAGAAGUUGGAUGGUGACGUCAUUUAAACCAAGAGGUUGGAGGCCCAGAAUGAGUCCUUAACAACCGGACACUGCAGCAAUAAACUGGUCUCAGACAGCAGUUGAUAUAAUCUUAAAUGUUAUUGUCUAUUAUACUAUAUACACUAUAAGAUUGUUUUUGAUCCUGUCUAUUAACUAGUAAUUAAUUGGUCAUAAAAUAGUAAUUACAUAAAAUGAUUUUUGGUGAAAAACGCCAAGGUUGGAAAGUACAGUGCACAUUGUCUCUACCAAUGGGAAACAGUCAGGAAAAACAUCAUUUAUUACGCAGAAACAAGAAAAAAAAGUUUGAUUACAUAGUUUUAUUAAAGGAUUCAUUGUUUUUAUAACAUGUGUUUGAGUGCACUGAGAAUAUUUUUGCUGCUCUGUGUUUUGUUUAAAAGAAGCAACAUUCAUUUACACAAUUACUGAAAAACCUGUUUUUUGUGUGUGUUUAUGGUAAGUCAUUCAUUUUGGACCAGUUUCAGGAAUAACCCUAACUAAAAUGAUGUGGGGACGCAGUCAUGCACUGCUGUAACUGUUCAAGAACUUGGUCAUUUUUGCUUUGAGAAGCUCCAUUGUGGAAGUGUAUUACUGUUGCCUGGUAGCAAAGAAAUCUUGAAAGUUUAAAGUAUUUGGGAUGUUUCGUCUGUGUCUAUAGUAAAGGGAAAAAUAGGGAAAGAGGUCAUAAAAAGGUGGAAUAUUGAUUUUUUUUUUCACUCUUUAUUGUUGGUGUAAAUUUGUCUCUGAAUGACUGUACUGCCUCAUCACUGUACUUUCACUUUCUGAACCUUUAUGAUGGCUUUUUUAAAUAUUUUUUUAUCUUCUGUUCAAUUCUUUUUUUAUUACUUACUUUCAGAUUUCCAAAUCUAGUGUAAAUAUUUAUCUGUUACUUUUAAUUUAAUUUGUUACUUUUUCCCCUCUUUUCUUGUUGGACAUUCUACUAUUUUUUUUCUUUUUCCAUUCUGAAUCACCACCAUGUUCUUUAAAUGUCAUGUAUGAAGAGACAGUAUUUAUUUUAAGUAACAAUAUUAUUUAUAUCCCCUUCAUUGUGUAAAUUGGGAAGCCAGUUAAUGUUUGAUCCGUAUUGAUUGUUAAGGUGUUAUUUACAUUUUUAUGGUUAUUAAACACCCUUGAAUAAUCAGGCCUUACUGCAGAUUUUUACCCAUCACGUCAUGUAAAAUUGAGCUAUGUUUGACUAUAAAAUGGUCUCUGUCUUUACUUCUCAUCCUAGAAUGAAAACUGACUAUGAAUUGAAAGUGUUUUAAAUGGUAUAUGGCUCUUGUUUCAGGCUCUCUUCUCUCCUCCCCCAUUUUUCCCACCCCUACCUGCCCCUAAAGUCAAGUCCAUCCCAGUUUGAUUUUUACAUGCUGAUGUUGGCUUUGCUGUUAUUUUUAAUGACUUGUGUAUGAUGAUACUGAAUACUCCGUCAGCACUGAGGGUGCUGGAGGCCUUUA